AUGAAGAUUGGUCUUUUCUUAAUUUUGAGAAAACGUUUCUCUGUUCGUUUUAAUGAAUGGGUUGCUAUAAAGAUCUGUACCUGACGAUGUGAGAUUCGGCAACUAUUCUGAAAUAACCUUUCAUUUUGUGAAUGCUACUUUAGUGCACAAGUUUUAAUAAAUUAGAGAUAGGUAACCUACAAUUGGUUCCAAGACAUGAUUCAAAAAUUGAAAACUUUGACCAAAAAAAAGCUUCUCUGACAUGACUAUGGCUUCACCUAGUGAAUUGGAGGACUUUCUUCAAGGUCCCCUCGUCACUUGGUUGCAAUCUUGUCUUGACAACCCAGACAGAAUCACUGAUUUUGACGACCUCGCUGACGGAACAGUUAUACAUGAAGUUCUUUUACUGAUCGAUCCUGAACCUUUACAUCAUGGAGUCCUCCCUAGUCUCGGUAAUGCAGCCAUCCGAGUACGUAAUUUCGACUGUAUCAUCAAAAACAUCAAGACACUCUAUGAGGAAGAGUUGUGUCAGCUGAUCGUAAACCUCCCAGACUGCGUGAGGCUGGGAAGAGACCUCAAGACUAAGGAGGGGCUGGAGGAUCUUCAGUUGUUGUUGUUGCUGUUGCUGGGCUGUGCUGUACAAUGUCCCAACAAACAGAACUUCAUAGAAGGCAUCAAGACGUUGCAUGUGGACGCUCAACAUGGCCUCGUACACUGUAUCAAACAGGUUACAGAGAGCCAACAGAUUGUUUUGACCCCUGACAACUUUGAUUCUCUCUCUAACGAUCUUCUCAUCUGCCAUGUGAGACAUCUUAUCAAGCAAAGGGACAGAUAUUUACAGUACUGGGCGGGGCAGGAGGAGCGCAAAUGUGGGACGUUGACCCCCACAGUUAUGGCUCCAACGGGAGAGAGGGAGAGAGGAGAAUCGCAACACUUGGCUGUGGAGUUGGCCGAUUGGAAGGCGAGACUGAGGAAACAAAGACAAGAACUAGAGGAAAAAUCCGAAGCACUUGCAGAAAUGAAAGAAGAAUUGGAACAUUCUCGAGCUCAAGUAACAAAGUUAAAAUCAGAGAUGCAAGAUCUAAAACAACAGGCUAGGGCAACAAAGGCUUACAGGGAUGAACUGGACUCUCUACGGGAGAAAGCCGAGAGGUGCGAUAGGCUCGAAGCUGAGGUGACCAAAUACAGAGAUAAGCUGAGCGACCUGGAGUUUUACCGCAGCCGGGUGGAGGAGUUGCGUCAGGACAACCGUGUCUUGGAGGAGACGCGGGAGAUGUUGGAGGAACAGUUGGCACGAGCCCGCAAGCGAGGCGACCACCUGGUGCAGCUAGAGGCUAGUGUGCUGCAGUACAAGCAAACAAUCAACGAUCUUAUACUGGAAAGAGAUGCUAACAAUGAGAAGCUGCAGCAGAUGUUUGAGGAAAACGCAGAACUUUCAUUGUUGAGUCGUUCUGUCAACAACACCGUCCAUGACUCCGACCAUCUUGAUGAAGACACAGACACGGGGUCGGGCGAUAACAGCCUGUCAGAGCAGCUGACAAGCAACGCGACUGCUCGGGCUCUGCGACUAGAGCUGGAGAACCGCAGACUAGCACAGACCGUGGAAAGCCUCCAAGAAGCUGCGUUCAAACAGACCAGCGAGACCAUACUGGAUUUGGAAAAGGAGAAGAAGAAGUUGUCACUAACGGUCGAAGAUCUGGAGGGAACAAAAAAGAAACUGCAGCAGCAAAACUCUGAACUGGAAAACACUGUGAAGAACGCACAAAGAGACACAAAGAAGAUGCAAGAACUGAGGGACUCUGUGCAGCUGCAACUCGAGAUACGGAGUGAGGAGGCAGAGUCGCUGCAGAGGGAGAAACAGAGACUAGAACGUCGAGUGCUGGAGCUAGAGUCCAGCCUGGAGUCUGCGCGGGCGACGGCCGAACGUGUACAGGAGCAACAAGACAGUAGCAACAAGGCUGCGGCCAUGGAGCGGGACAUCAACAAGCUCAAAGAAGCAUUGGAGGCCAAAUCAGUCACGUUGGAUGAAGUAACAAUGGAAGCAGAGAAAAACCUAAAAGAAAAAUUACAUCUGGCGAAAAAACUAGAAGAAAUUAACUCUCAAGUAGCGAGAUUACAGGAGGUGGAACGAGACAUGCAAGAGCUGGAGCGUCGCUGCGCGAUGGACCAAGCUACGCUGUCCGCUCUACAGAGCGAUCUAGUGGCAGAGAAACUAAACACACAGCAGCUCAAGAGCAGCCUGGACAAGUUGGGGCUGCCUGUUGACCAUCUCAUGGAUAUGGACAACGCUUUAGACAAAAUCUUGUCCAGUCCUGAAGUCCUGAAGCUGGUGAAGCAGCGACUGGCAGACGGAGAUGACACAGUCCACGGACUGGCUGAGCAGAACGCUAAGCUGGAGGUGGAUGUAGCGACCUUGCAGUCUCAGAUCAUGUCUAUGACCUCGCAACUGACUGCUCUACAACUGGCCAACUCUCAGUUGGUGGCUGAGAAAGACGAGGUGUUGAAGAACCACAGCGACCUACAGAACGAGCAUCAGCAGAUGUUGGUGGAUCAGCUGACUUUGCAGAAGCUGCAUGAACAACUCACCACUGAAUAUGAUGGAUUGGUCAAGGAGAAAGAAGAACUCAAGGUGAGCUAUCGAGAUUUACGAGCUGAGCAGAGGCAACUGAAAGACAACUAUGACAUCCUUAGCACCAGCAUCGAGUCUCUGCGCAGUGAACGUGACACUCUGCGCGAGGAGAGCCGUUCACUCAACAAUUUGCGCGCAGAGCACUCAAAACUCAAGGAUGAUUUUCGCAAUUUGUUCACGGCCAGUGAGAAGGUGAAGAGUGAUUAUCGAGGGCUGCAGGAGGAGUACAAGGUCGUGCGAGCAGAGACGUGUAGACUGAGGCUGAACGUUACGGAACUGCAGGGUGAACUGGCGUCCCGCAACGACCACAUCACGUCCAUAGAGGUGCAGCUGUCAAAACUGUCUAGCCAGUGCGAAAUUCUAAACCAGGUGAAGAUGGGGCUGGAGGAAGACAGACGAUCUCUGAUGGAACACGUAAGUCUGUUGCUGAGCCAGUAUCACGAGCUGCUGACUCACUCACUGGAGGACAAAGAACACUACCAUACCGAGGAAAAACUGUUUAGAGAUAAACUGAAUAGUUUAUGUCGGCAAAAAGAAAAACUUGAAGAAAAAAUUAUGGAGCACUAUCGUCGCCUUGACAGCUGCCCAACGAAAAAGAAAAGUUUUGGUGCCAACCUUGUUAGAAGGGUCAGGAAGGCUGGUUCUGAGUUAAUUAGCAAGAGUCGUCGGUCGUGGCACGAAGCAGAGGCUCGAAGUGGAAGAGGGACGGACUCGGAUACGAGUCUUGAGGAAGUUCGCACUCGCCAAGAUGGAUUGAGCAACCUAGGCACUCCAGGAUCUCGUAGAGCUGUCUACUACUCAGGCGAUGAAAAUAACUCAGCCUCUGCAAACGAUCGUGAGGAGACCAAAAGUUCGAUUGGAGAGCCUCCAGUCACUUCCACCCCACAGCCCGAUACCACUGGAAACAACAUGGUUGUUUACAACCGGGUGACCAACGUGUUGGGGUGUGCUACGCCUCCGCACAGCCCUCACCACAACGCCAAGAAACAACCCCCGCCUCCAGCUGACUCCAAGACGGGGGCUCCUCCUGUCUGGUUUCGUCGAGUUGAAACCGUUCGAUGCAAUGAACAAAAUCAAAAUGUAUAGGAACAACGAGAAACUUCUAAGAGCAACGUUAGCCCCCGCAUAAUCUAGUCACUGUUCUGUUUAACUUGAUGUAAUAUACAAUACGAUAUUGGUUAGGUAUGUAACUAUUAACGUCCAUAUACUGUAAAAUUGUAUCCAACGAUGUAAGAUUUGACAGUUGUAACUGAAUAACUAGAUUAUUAUUUUGAAAUGGUUUAGAGUGUAGCAAUUUUACCUGGGAAAAUGAAAGUCCAGGAUUUUAUUUACACUCUUGUUACUUUUUACUUUCUCCCCCUAUACACAGUUUAUUGUUUUUUGUCUA